AGGCGCUGUGGAUCUGCCCUGGUUCGGAGGAGUGGCGGGCGCGCUGCGCCGAGCAGCUCCGCGCGGCGCUGCCGGCUGACGGCGCGGCCCUGGUGGAGAGUGCCGCCGGCGCGGUGAUGCUCGGCGCCGCUGAGGGCGCCGCUGUCGAGCUUAGGCGGCUGCACAGGGCCGGGCUGCCCGCACCCGCCGGGCUGCCGCCGCUGCUGCCCUCGCUGCUGGAGCGCUGCCUCGGCCUGCUGCGGGGGCCCCCAGACGCGUGGCGCCAGGCCGCCCGGCGCGCCCUCGACCCAGCGCAGCUGGCCGGCGGCCCCGCGGCCCGUUUCGAGUCCGCGCUGGUGCUGCACGUUGCUGCCCUCCGCUGCGGCCUCGCCAGCGGCCACGCCGCAGUGGUGCGGAGGGCUGCGCGCGAGG